UCCUCCGCAAGGAAAGGCAGCAUCCUGUAUCCUGUACUCACUUCAGGUCUGCUUGCAAAAGGAUCCAUCAAAUCAAUAAACAUGAAUGACCAAGACCCCGACAACAUCUAUGACACCGUCCAAAAAGAGAGGGUGUAUGAGGUUCCCUACGAGCCGGCAGAAGAUGAAGGUGCCCUGAAUGAUGACAUCCGUGAAGACGUGAGGUCAGAAAACAAUGUAUAUUCCACCAAACUGGAAACCCAUGAAUAUGACUCUGUAUCAGUUUGUGCUGUUGAGGAUGAAGAGAACACCUUGGCCUCUUCCCCACCAGAGGCAGACGGCUACCUCCUGCCUGACGAGGUAUAUCCUGAGCCCCAGGACCUUCCACCAGGUGAGCCGCAGGAGGACAGGGAUAUGUCAAUGGAAGAAUUACACUCACCAACUCAGGACCAGGAGCUCAGCCCAGAAGAGCCACAGGAGAAUGGAAACAUGGUGAAGGAAGACCUGCCUACUCCUGCCUUCUUCACCAUCCAGGAGAGCAGUGAAGAUCCCCCCACCUGCUAUUCUGCUGCAGAUGGUUUGCAAGAAAAUGAAUCAGCUUCCACGAACCCUGAGAUUCACCUCUUUGUGAAGGCUGGAAUCGAUGGGGAAAGUAUUGGCAACUGUCCCUUCUCCCAGCGUCUCUUUAUGAUCCUCUGGCUGAAAGGAGUCGUGUUCAAUGUCACCACUGUGGAUCUGAAAAGGAAGCCAGCAGACCUACACAACCUAGCGCCUGGCACCCACCCGCCCUUCCUGACCUUCAACGGGGAGGUGAAGACGGAUGUCAACAAGAUCGAGGAGUUCCUGGAGGAGACGUUGACCCCUCAGAAGUACCCCAGACUGGCUGCGAAACACCGGGAAUCUAACACAGCAGGCAUUGACAUCUUCUCCAAGUUCUCCGCCUACAUCAAAAACACGAAGCAGCAGAACAAUGCUGCCCUUGAGAGAGGCCUGACCAAGGCGCUAAAGAAACUGGAUGACUACCUGAACACCCCUCUGCCAGAGGAGAUUGACGCCAACUCUACCGGGGAGGACGACAAGGGGUCCCGGCGCAAGUUCCUGGAUGGGGAUGAGCUGACCCUGGCUGACUGCAACCUGUUGCCCAAGCUCCAUGUGGUCAAGAUUGUGGCCAAGAAAUACCGCAACUACGAUAUCCCAGUUGAGAUGUCGGGCCUGAGGCGGUACCUCAGGAACGCCUACGCCAGAGACGAGUUCACCAACACCUGUGCAGCCGACUCGGAGAUUGAGCUGGCCUACGCAGACGUCGCCAAGCGCCUCAGCCGAUCCUGAGCACGGGCCACCUUGCCCCAUCGCUGCAGCAGAAGGACUCAGCGUCUCCCAAAGGACUCCAGCUUCCCAGACUCCCCUUCCGCAUUGCCUCCGGGAAACUUUUUUUUUUUUUUUUUUUUUAAAUCAGGUCGCAUCUUGCUGGUAUCAUCAGAACUUCAGCCUGCUGUCUUUUGUGAAGGUCAGCGCCAACCCCCUCUGAUCACACAGGAAUCUGCAAGCAGAAAUGCUAGAAACAGUCAAGCGCUCAGCCUUUGAGCCUUGUCUGGGUUCAGUGGAUGUGGGGUCAGUGUUGGAGAACCCACGUGUGGGACUGUCACUGGCCCCUUCUGCCAAUCUCAAAAUAUCUCUUAGAUGCAUUGGAAACAUGCAAUACAUCUUCCACCCUCCUCUUCCACUCUCCUCCUUGUCAGUAACUCCAAGGCCAAGGACAAAUGCCAUCUUAGUUUUUAUUAGAAAGAAAUCACUGAUCUUUGGGGAGACAGAGAGUGAAUGGAGAAGGACAGAGCGGGCUUGGAUUUUGGCAUCUGGCAGACACACCGUGAGUCACUCAGUACUUUGACAGUCCUGUCACAUUGGGCACUGAAGGCCAGAUUGGAAAACCACUUUAGACACAGUCUCAGUUUGCUUCAGUGCUGUGAAUGUCGUGACGCUAUUGUGCAGUUGACAGGUGCUGACCUUCAUUUCUGUGUUGUCCGGGCCUUGCCAGGAAAGGAAAUUGGCAUGCAAUUUCAAACAGGGGUGACUGGGAGAGGGUGGGGGAAGGGAGCAGUGUCGAUGCCAAAAGGCCCACAGGGGUCUACCAGCCAUGGGGUUUGCUUGCUUAAGGGUAGUUGUUUUGUUGGAGAUUAUAUACCUGGGUCUGACUAUGUGUAUCCACGAGUGAAUUUUGGUCUGUGAGAAAGCAGGUGGGCGUGGGAGAUGGAGGGAUGGGCGAAGAUGAAGUUCUUUACGAUGCUCGAUGUUCCCUGGGAAUUUUUUAGACAGGUCUUCUCUCUCAUGAUCUAACUAAGUCUUGAACUGGUGAUGUCACAUAACUACCAACCCGUGAGCAAACACCCAAGAAUUGGCCAAAAAUGACUUUCCAGUCUCUUCAAGUUGUUCCUGGAUGCAGGUCUGCUAGUUGGGUGCUCUCAGGCAGCUGCUUCAGGCUGAUUCAGCUGCAGCCUCUCUGAUGGAUGAGAGAUAGAGUUCGGAGAGGGCAUGAUCACGGAACCUUAGAAAGAAAGUCCAUGAGCCUUUCAGACUGGGAAACCAUGUGGUUUGAACUUGAAGAAAAAUAUAUGCCCAUUUGGGUUAAUGUUCCUACCCUAUGAAUCAACUACCAGAUGAAAAACAGGAAUCUUUUUUUUUUUUUUAGCUAAUUUUGUGCUCCUUAGUCUCCUUGAGUGUUACCUACCUGCUUGAGCGUGGGGACCUGUGCAGAGGAAACUAAGAGAAAUGAACUAACCAUCAGCUCCCUCCCCCAGUGCACGCCUUAUGAGGAAACGCACCCGUCAUAGACCUCACCUUCAACCAUCCUCCCUUCCAUGUUGCCUGCUGGUGAAGGGUGAGCUUCCAAGUGCUGGAAAGCACCAGGACUUGGCUUUUGCUCAGGGAGGGCAGGGAGGGCAUGGGGCCUUUCCAUAGAAACAUCAACACAUUCUAACACAAGCAAUCCCCGGACCUACCUGCCUCCAGGGAUCUCUGGAGAAUAACAAAAGUGAUCCAUUGAUCAGAGCAGAGGGGAGGAAGCAGGGGGUCUCCUUUAGCCCACUGAGGAAUAGGAAAUUUCUCAGUAGGACAUUUUAUAAGCUCGAGAGCUCUUUUUUUGUUGUUGAUUUUUCCCCCCAGCUGAAUGAGUUGAUUUAUUUCCACCUCUAAAGGAGCCUUUCCAGAGCUCCCUGGAAACUUUGUUUAAAAAGACCUGGUGAGGAAAUAGUCCUUUUUACUGCAGGGAAAAGCCCCAAACUGGCCUCCUGGGGUAUGAAAGCUUGAAUGAUCCCAAAGGCCUUUUAAUUAUGGUGAAAUCCUGUUGCCCUGCGAAAUCCUUCCCUGACCUUCACAGCACAGGCACGAUGACCUAAGAGGCAAUUUACUUUCCUGAGACCCAUGGCGGCACUGUUCUUGAAGCACAUCCAUGUAACACAGCCAGCACAACAGAGAAACAGAAGGACGCCCAGGUGGACUAGCUCCCCCAGAGGAGCUGGCAAAUACUAAGGACCCUGAUUUGAUACUCAGAAUUCAACAGGAGGCGAGUCUUUAAAAGCAGUCUUUAAAAACAAACAAGCCAAACCAAAUCAAUAUUGUAGUUUCUAGAUGUUCCUUCUGUGGUUGACUUAGUUUUACAUAAAUAACAAUAUUAACGGGCACUGAGUUGGGGGGGGCAGUUAUAUGAUCACUUGUAACCAUUUAAAAGGGGGGGAGGAGUUAGAGCAAGAAGACACUUCUGAAUACUAAUUCAGGAAUAUCUUUUUAUUUCAAUAGCAGCUUAUCAUUAUCAUAUAAUACAACUAUUGACAUAGAGCUUUAAUGUCUUAUGACCAGAUUAAUCAGAGUAUUUUAAAAUAAUAUUCCCUUCAGAUUAUUUUUUUCCCAAAGAGAUGUUUUGUCCAGAUCCUUCAGCCUCCUGGGGUUUUGGCCAUAUCCUUGUCAUACACACAGGAUAUCAUCUCCCAGCCACAGUGUGGUAAGGUUCUUAGGUGUCCCCAGAACCAAUCUCAGGGAGUAUCUAAGGUGUGCAGUUUGACCCCACACUAGAGUUUUAAGACCGGAUGUAACUCUUGUGAUGGGUCUUGAAUGAAUAUUGAUCCCUCAGAAAGCAUUUCAGUGGCUCAGAAAGGAGACUAACUUGGAUUGAGAUCCUAUUUUAUUUUGGAUUUAUUUCUCUCCUUGACUUUCACAUCACAAUUUUUUUUUUUUUUUUUUUUUUUUUGGUGAGGUAGCAUAAUGGGAGGCAGAAGUAGAAAAAAGGGUCAAACUCAAUGACUGAGCUGAAUUAACCCAUCUACUCAGUACUGCCUACCUCUCAGGUUGGCCCCGAAGAUAUUGGAUAAGAUUUUAAUAACUAGAAAAGAUGAGCUGGGAAAGUAAAAUCUCGAUUGAUCCAGGGUGUAAUCCCUUCUGUUGUGUGCUUUCAUCUCCUGACAAAGGAAAUCAAAUGCUUGACAAUUCAGAAUCACAGGCGUGAGUAUGAAGAUCUUGUUUUAAACAAGGGAUACAGCUACCUGGCACCAAACUCAUAAGUUGAAAAGUGAAAAACACACUCAGUUUCUUUGGCUACAGGAUCUCACACACGUUUCAGUUUCCCAGGGAAUCGCACUGUCCUUAGUGUUCACUUCUGCUGGUGGGGCCAGUGAGGAUCUUGACCUUUUCAUUAGAAAAAGGCCACAUUUUCUAGCAUUUGUCAAAUGGAGCAACAGAAGCUCUUCACAGGCCCUGGGCCCAUUGGCCACUGUGCAGACAGGCAACACCAAGACCCUAAAGAUGUAAGAGUCAGCACAGUCCAGACAAAUAGAAUUAAAGGGGAGGCGGAGUCAGGAAGGUGUAGGCCUAUCUAGUAAAUUUUUUCAUCACGAGAAACCAGUGAGAGUCUGUGUCUAAAACUAAAUUGGUCCAGAGGCAACAGAUUGAUAUCCAGUAGGUACUUGUGUGUCUCAGCCUUAUGCCCACUGGCCUGGAGCCAUUUCUAUAGCAGAGUGAUCAAGAUGGUGGUGCCUCUCUCCUGGGAAAGAUGAAGCUUAGGGUUAAAAUUAAGGCAGUGAUUCCGGAGGGAUCAUAUUUUAUUUUUAUAUAUGUUGUUCAAAAACUCUGAAGCAUUAGAGGAAGAAAUGUAUGUGUAAAGCAUCUGGUUCUGAUGUCAGGAGAAUUGACCUGGUCAGAUCGCUGGCUUGGGGCCUCUUUGCACACGAGGCCUACUGUCGCCUCUUCAUCGCUCUCUAGCCUUCAAACCAGAUAACACGUGCCCUCCUCACAAAUGCACAUUCCUCUCCCUUGGUCCAUAGUCUUCUCCCAGCUUAGUUUCAGGAUACUUUCACUUCAUAUUUGGGUAUGAUCCAAAAUGUGCAUAAUUGUAUUUAAGAUUACUUAAGGAAAUUCGAUUCAAUGUUCCCCUCCCCACCCAAACAUAAAAUAAAAGCUUGCCUUAUUGUAGGGUUUGUGCUAAUGUGUUGCUAUAAAAGCAAUCUGUUUUAUUUCAAAACAUAGUUUUAAAGAUCCAAUUAUCUAAGGUAUUUUAUGUAUAGGUAGAGAUGUCACUAUAUUGACUAUAUAUAUAUUUAAAAUACAAAAUAUCCAGCUGAUGUUUGAACUUGUCUUACUUUCCUGACCACCCGGUUGUCCCAUUUAAUAAGCUGGGGAGUUAACUAAUUUAGCAAAAGAUGCCUAGCUUUUAUACAAGAACAAACAUUUCAUUAUACAAAGACACUCCAAAUGAUGGUUACUUGAUUUUCUUAAGACCUUUAACUGUGGUGAUAAAAUAACAGGACUGGCUUUCAAGCCUUAAUAAAUGUAAAAUGCCUUUUAAUGAAGAUAUUGCUGAGUGUUUUCCUCAUGAAUCUCAACCAGUUAUAAAUUUGUUUCCCAGUCUUGAUUGGUAUUGACUGAUUCAAAUAAAGUUGGUUUAUUUUCAAAUAUUAUAAAAGCCAUCAACAGACUUCUUAUUUGAGGUGGGGAUUUCCUACGCUGUUUUAAAGGACGAUAUGAAAUACCUCUUUUUUCCAAAGAAAGGUUAUCGUAUUUCCCAUUAUAAAAGAAAAUACAAACUUCCAAUUCUAAAAUAAGUUUUUAAAAAGAAAAUGUGUUAAUUCUCCUUAAAAUUAAAAGCCAAUAAAAAGAAAAGGUGGAAGAAGACAAGGAGAAGCAAAAGGUGGGUGACCCAGCCAUCCAAAAAUUGAUUUUUACUUUAACAAGAUUUUUACUUUAACUAGAACAAAAUUCUAUGAUAGUACAUGAGCUAGGUUAAUAUAUAUAUAUAUAUAUAUAUAUAU